CCACACACACACACACCACACAUACACCACACACACAUACAAAGAGACCAACUCAGACACAUGCACAAACACUUGUAAAUCUGUUGACAGAAACACACCAAACACAAACACGCACUCAGAUUUCUUUGCUCAGAGAACACUGUUCGCCAGAGCCAGUUCCAGAUCAAGAGGAAUGUGUUCAGGAGGACGAAAGGCAGCCAGGAUAUUCACACACAUACACACACACUGGACUUAGACCUGCAACCUCCCACUUACAGCGAGCAACAAAUACACACACAUCAUCAGAGCAAGACCAGGAAGGCAGAAGUUAACUGAACUGCACUCUACAUACUGCUUUGACAAGAGGUGGACACACACUCUCUUAACAAAGCCAAGUGGACCUCUGCUUGGAGCCACAUUGCAACUUAUCACUUGGCGUGAGCAACACAGUCUCUCAUCUGGUCUGAGCCAGAACAAGUACCUGGAACCUGGAACAUUGACUGUGUCCAACACGUUUGGGGCUUUGACCGCCUUCAUCCAGGAAGAUUACAUACAGAUAGAGACCCGGAUCUGACCUUUGUCUCUCCCCUCCAUCAUUCUCUCUGGUCUCUCUCUGUCUCUCCCCUCCAUCUCUCUCUCUUUGUCUCCUCACUCUUCCAUCCUCCCAGUAUGAUGAUGAGAAGAGAUCGUCUGCUCCUGGCUGUGACCCUCACAGCCAUUUUCACCGCUGACCUCUACUUCGUCCUGCUCCCCAAGCUCCGCCAAAGACAACCAGGACCAGGGAAUGGAGCCUGCCUCUGUCCCUCCUCCAGGGGGACUAACUUCACCCUUGCUGGGUACAGUGGCCUCACUAUCCCCUGGUUCUCCAACAUCACCUCCAUAGACCUCCAGGGUAAGGAGGUCGGAGCUAUGGACGACCCCACAGAUUGGGGCUCGAAGCUGGGGAGGCUGUUUGCUCACCCCCUGUAUAACAUUCAGACACCAGAGCUGGGGCUGGAAGAGAGGCUGAUGCAGUCUGAAGAGCUAAUGGAGUAUUACAGGAGGAAGGUCUCGCGCUGGGAACGGCAUAUGAAGCUGUACAGUGAGGCUGCAGCGGCCCUCAACAUGACAAUGCUGGAACACCAGGUGACCUUUGACCCUGAGGCCAGCUGGCUGAAGUUCCACCUGGGCAUCAACCGCUAUGCCCUGUACGCCCGUGAUGACCCCGCCAUCACCCGCCUGCUGCAAGACAUGCAGGCCACCACUGUCAUCAGCGCAGAUUACACUCAAGAUGAAAAGGCCCUCAAAGGAGCAUGUGACUGUACCCAGGUGGUAAAGCCUAGUGGACACCACCUCAAGCUGGCCCUGAAGAUGCAGAACUUUGGCAAGGCCAUGUUCAAACCCAUGAGACAGCAGAGAGACCAGGAGACUCCUGGUGAUGUGUUCUACUUUGUCGACUUCCAGAGACACAAUGCUGAGAUUGCUGCUUUUCACCUGGACAGAAUCCUGGACUUCCGGAGGGUACCGCCGGUGGUGGGCAGGCUGGUGAACGUGACGGGGGAGAUUCUCCUGACCACUCACAACGAGGACCUAAGGAGUGUGUUCUUUACUUCUCCAGCAAACAACACAUGUUUCUUUGCCAAGUGUCUGUACGUGUGUAAGACUGAGUAUGCAGUGUGUGGGAGCCCUGACCUGCUGGAGGGCUCCAUGUCAGCCUACCUCCCCGGUCUCAGCAUUGCCCCUCGUAUCUCCCUCCCCAACCCCUGGAUACGAUCAUACACCUUCACUGGCAGGGAGGAGUGGGAGGUGAACCCCUUCUACUGUGACACCAUAAAGCGUCUGUAUCCCUACAACUCAGGGAACAGGCUGCUCAACAUCAUAGACAUGGCCAUCUUUGACUUCCUCAUUGGUAACAUGGACAGGCACCAUUAUGAGAUCUUCACUAAGUUUGGCGAUGAAGGUUUCCUUCUUCAUUUUGACAACGCCAAAGGGUUUGGGAAGCAUUCUCAUGAUGAGAUGUCCAUACUGGCUCCACUGUCACAGUGCUGCAUUAUAAAGCGUUCCACGUUGCUGCGGCUGCAGCUCCUCUCACAGGACCACUAUAGGCUCAGUGACGUGAUGAGGGAGUCCCUGGGAGGAGACGCACUGCAGCCGGUCCUCGCUGAGCCCCACCUGCAGGCCCUGGACCGCCGGCUGCAGUGCGUCCUGAAGACAGUCCACAGGUGUGUCCGCAGGCUGGGAGAGGCUCAGGUGAUCACCACAGACUUUGUUGAUACCUCCGUCAUGCCUGAGUCUGUCAAACCAGUGGCUAUGCCCAACAAGGAGAAGUAAUUAAGGUUACUAAGGAAUCCAAACGGAGAAGUGCACUAUAAUAGAGGAUUAGGGUGGCAUUUUGGACAUAUCCCCAAGUCCUGCAAGGGAAGAUAACUAUAGACCAAGGACAGCCUGAGGAUCAUAAUGGCAGGUGAACCUGUCCUGUAAAGCAGGAAGCACAGGGUCUGGUCUCUCUCACAGAGUAAUACAUUCUGCACUCGUUUUCAGUGGUGUCUAUUCAUGGAUGCCAAGGGAAGACAGGCUUCCCCCAAAAUUAGAAAAAAAUAUAUAUAUAUAUGUAUAAAAUAAUGUAUCUUUUGUCUCUCUGUUUUCAUAAUUUUCCAUCAAUUCGCAAGUGUCUGAAUCUCACAGGAGAAAUAUUCUGAGGGAGGGAAACAGCGCCCCUCUGUCUCAGUAUGUGUAGUAUGUGUAGUAUGUGUUAGUAUGUGUAGUCUCAGUAUGUGUAUCUGAUGCUGUCUGGACCAAAAGAGUAUAACAUGGUGGCGCCGUAGCAUUUGAUUGAUUAAUGUCAACAAGCAUUUGGCCUCCCUUGAUUAAAAAAAAGUAAAACAUAAUUAGCCAAUCAGCAUUGAGCUGAGCUCAACUGUGGGUUGUACUGCUACAGCAAAACAGCCCAGUUUGGAUUUGGCUUCACACCAAUCAAAUCACAUCCUGAGCAAAUCUUCACUGUCAGAAAAGUGUGUGUGUUUCUGGUCUGCUUGUGUUGAUGUCCUGCAGUAGCUAGCUUGCUAAAUCGUCCCAUUCCCAAGCCAUGGAUGGAGAUGGGAAUUUGGACUUGUGAUUUUGAUGGCGAUUCUCUCUACAGGCCAAUGGUUAUGACGGCAAUUCCAAUCUAACCAUAGAUCCAUAUAUUGUUCCACUGGCCUGUGACGAUUGAAGUUCAAUAUGUAGUCUAGUAGUCUCACAUUAACUAGCUAGCUACCUCAGCUGGUUCAUUGCUACCCAUGCGAGGAAGUUAGGCUAGCAAGCAUUUUAGCUAGGUAGCCUAUGAAAACAAAAACUAAAAGAGUACAAAACCAUAGAUCGUUCUGCCAACAUGAAAGAGAGAAGGACGGCAUUGGCGUUCAACUAGUCUAUAAGCAGUGAGUCCCCACGCAAGCACACACACACCGACAGAAAUCAGUACCAUGGACAGCCAUAUGAUAUUUAGCAAUAUUGAUUGGACAAAAUUGUUUUUGGCAUCUUUGUUUGUUUUCAAUAUUAAACUAAGCAUAUAUAGCCUUGUUGAUUUGAUGAUGUUUAAAUGGUUAAUAUGGAAUGGUGCUGCAAUAGAGGAGGCAGUGCUUCCGUUGUCUUUGUGCUGACAUGCAGUAACUCAAAAUCAGUAGUUGUUUAGUAAACUGUUGAAAUAUUAACUUGCUUAUAUUAACAUGCUGCAGGUCAUAUAACUGUGUGUUACAAGCAAUAUUUUCUUUGUAGACUUCACCAGACAGAUGUUGCUCUUUGGUUUUGUGAUGAAACAAAUGUAUGUGUAGUUGAAUUUAUUCCGCCA